GGGAGGAGCAAGGAAUAGUGGUGAGGAGGUGGGGAGAUCAUUUUGCCUGCAGAGGUGACAGGACUAUUUCAUUCACUGCUGUGAAAAAGAAGGAGGGAAAGAGAAAAGGGUGCUAUAAAAUAAUAAUAGGGUUUGAAUAGAGAGAUACAAGGAAAAAUAAAGAAAAACAGAAGCAGAAGGCAGUAAAACACAGAGAGGAAAUACUGUGUAGGAGAUUUCGGAUUAUCGCUGUGCUUUGCAUGUGAACACUUCUGUCAGUAUAAUCAGAUGUCAAUUAACCAUUUGACUGCUGGCAGAAUGAAAACAGAUCACCCAGAAGUGUAUGAAGGAUAACGAACAAUAUGUCAGGGUCUUACGAUGAGACUGUUUCUCUGGAGGAUACAACAGACAGCUUCUGGGAGGUUGGACACUAUAAACGUACAGUCAAAAGAAUUGAUGAUGGUCAUCGUCUAUGUAAUGAUUUGAUGGGCUGUCUACAAGAUCGAGCAAAGAUAGAGAAGGCAUACUCCCAGCAACUGACAGACUGGGCCAAACGCUGGCGUCAGCUUAUUGAGAAAGGUCCUCAGUAUGGAACUCUGGAACGAGCUUGGGGGGCACUCCUUACUGAAGCAGAGAAGGCGGGUGAGUUGCACCAGGAGGUUAGAAACCAUUUGGUAUCUGAAGACAUGGAGAAAGUUCGGAACUGGCAAAAAGAAACUUAUCACAAACAGAUGAUGGGUGGUUUCAAGGAGAGCAGAGAAGCUGAAGAGGGGUUCCGCAAGGCCCAAAAACCAUGGGCCAAGAAGAUUAAAGAGGUUGAGGCUGCCAAGAAAACAUACCAUAUGGCCUGCAAAGAGGAGAAGUUGGCAAGUAGCCGAGAGGCAUCUGGCAAGGCUGAUGCUUCUGUCACUGCAGAUCAAUUGCGCAAACUACAAGAUAAAGUGGAAAAAUGCAAGCAAGAUGUUCAAAAGGCACAGGAGCGCUAUGAAAAGAUUUUGGAUGAUAUACAAAAAUCCACUCCUCAGUAUAUGGAAAGCAUGGAUUUAGUAUUUGAACAGUGUCAACAGAUGGAGGAGAAGCGAUUGGUAUUCCUCAAGGAGAUCCUUUUAGACAUUAAGCAUCAUCUUAACCUUGCUGAGAGCAGCAGCUAUGCUGCAGUGUACCAAGAGCUGGAGCAAACAAUCCAAAGCUCAGAUGUUCAGGAGGACCUUCGUUGGUUCAGAGCAUCUCAUGGCCCUGGAAUGCAUAUGAACUGGCCGCAAUUUGAGGAAUGGAACCCUGAUGUUACGCACACAAUCACCCGUAAAGAGAAGGCAAAAAAGCCAGAAGGUGCUGUCCUAACAAAUGUGGCAUCUACUUCAGAAAACAGUUCCCAAGCAGGAGAUCGAGGAAGUGUCAGUAGUUAUGAUCGAAAUCAAGCUUACGCUGCUGACUGGUCAGAUGACGAAGGGGGAAACAGCGGCUCGUAUCCCACUGCAGACUCAAAUGGAGGGGCUAACCCAUUCGAAGAGGAAGGAACUUUGAGGGUGCGUGUUCGAGCACUUUAUGACUAUGAUGGACAAGAGCAAGAUGAGCUGACCUUUAAAGCAGGUGAUGAACUAAUAAAACUAGAGGAUGAAGAUGAGCAGGGCUGGUGCAGAGGACAACUGGACAGUGGGCGGCAGGGUCUCUAUCCUGCUAAUUAUGUAGAACCCAUAUAAAGCAUGCUACCUGGACAGAAUAAUCAGACUACACAUCACCUCUCUAAAAAAAAAUCCUCUUUUCUCAUUUAUGAUACCAACCAUACCUUGCAGCGCAACUGCAAUAGUAGUACUAGUAGUGUUUAGAUGGGAGUGAAGCAUUAUCCUUAUAUUUCCUGAUUGCAACCAUAAUGGGUGUUUACAUCUUAACACCAUUCUUAUUCUGUCUUGUAUUUUAUAAUUAUCGUAUUCUUUUCAUUUAAUGCAUUAUCUUUAAUGUGAAAUGAGAAGGAAAGGUUGACUCAUGAAAUACUAACAGGAUUCUUAUCACUUAUCACUAUUUAUUCUAAGCAGUAUUAGAUUUGAUACUGUUGCCCCAUUUACACUCUCUGUAUUACCUGUCCACCUCUACAAUAACUCUUUUUAUAUGGUUUAAUCUUAUUACAAAUUAGAUUGUUUCUGAGCCACAUUAUGUUUACCACUUAUAUUUAUGCACACCAAACUGAAUCGUAUAAAUCUGUAAGCAGCAAUUUCUGGUUAAAAAAAACCAAAAAUGUGGUUCUUAUAGUUACCAUGGGUAGCCCCUUCUAAAGUGCUGCUUGAGGCUAGAUUUUCAUUUUAACAAAGUAGAUACACUAUACAACCAAAUAGAUAACCUCAUGAAAUGUUAACUGGAAGCUGAAAUAAGUUCAAAGAUAUAUGGCCCCCUUAAGUCCAUAAACGCAGCAGUUAUCAUCAACUCGCUUGAUAAACCUUGAUAAACCUUACCAUUUUCAGAUAUCAGAUUUGAUGAGUGAUGUGUGCUUAUGAACUUAUACUUAUAAUACAUAAAAAUACAAGAGGUCCUUUGCACUCAACCCAUUUUCAGUAUCUUAAGGACAUUAAACCCAUGGGGUUAUGUAAAAGAAAGCACUAAGUUUGCCUAGGAGCAUUAACUAUUAGCAAUCAAAAGGUAGCAUUUACUGGUCACCUGUUUAAAAGCAAACAUCUAAUUGGUUGAAAUGGGUAACUGCUCCUGGGCAAAUAGUGCCUUUUAUUAUAUAUGGGGAAAAAGUAUUAAAGUACUUAAAAUUUCCUCCUAUUUUAAAAAAAAAAACAGAGAUUGUUUGUACAGAGACUAAAGUGCAUAUUUAUUAUUCUGUGUAAAACUAAAUUUACCGAAAAAAUGUGUAAAAACGGUGUAAAAUUAAUGGCAAAUUUAUAAAGAUAUUUGUAAUUUUAUGCCAUGCCAAUGCCAGAUUUGAUGCCAUUAUUUUACAUUACAUUGAGUCUAGUGGUAGUCACUCUAAGAAAAAAAAUGUACGAAAUUUACCUGGCGAAGCUUGAUGAUGUGGUGUAUAUCCUGCUAUUUUUUUUUACAUACAAUACACAAUAAAAAUAUGCCCCUAUGUUUUACUUUUAACUUGCCUGCUUUCAAGAUUAAAACUCCUAAAUACUUGCCCUUUUAUUGGCCACUACUGGGAUCACAUAUUAUCUGGCUACUGGGAUCAUCGUCAAAUUUGGGAAUUUUAGCCUUGAAAGCAAGCAAAUUGCAGGUUAAACUUAUUCCCUGUGAAAAAUGCAUAAUAAAGCUGUAGAAUUCAUAAUGAAUCAGAUGAAAGUGAGUAUAGGACUGGCCAGAUGACUUUGACAUAGUUGGCCAGCUUUAUUAUAUUGCAAUAUAUGAUAAAUAUGACAUAUAUGACAAACAAUCCCUGUUGUGUAUAAAGGGGUGAGGGACAUUUUUAGUAGCUUAAUUCACACAAUGGGCUGAGUGCAGAGCACCUCUUGUUUUUGUCUAUAUGAAUUUUGUGGUCACAGCCUUAUUACACCCCAGCCUAAUGGUUUAGAAUUAAGGUGUGAGCACAACUUUUCCCUUUUUGCUAUAGCUAAUACGCAGGCUGUACAUUUUUUGUGAGUUUGCUUAUCUGUGUUUUUUGUAUUAUCUAUCCCAUUUUAAAUAAAAAUUAUAAAGCUAUUCUCACACUAAACCAAUGCCAAUUGGAAAAAACAUACUAAAUAGCUGAUAAAAUAGCAGCUCGCUUUCAAAUAAUCAUUAAUUUAUGGAACAUAAAUUCAUUGGAAAAUGUAUUGGAAAAUGUGAAAACGUUUUGCCUCAGAAAAUAGUAAAUAAGUGGCGUCGGGCCUGGGUGAGGGCCAGAUGGGCCCCCUCCGGAAGCAAUCUUCUUGGCGGAUACUUAGGCACGCAAACCGCCGGCGCCCACCGAGGUGGUUCAGGCUCUGGUGUAAUCAUACCCUCUGCUCCCCCGCUAGUUCCACCACUAUACCCAUUUAGACAUUUGUUAAAUUAAACACCAUUAUGGAGUCAGUCUGUUUUGGAAUAAUGGCACAUGGUGAUUUUCUUGUAUUUGGUUUAUGUGCAUUAAAAUAUUAAUAAAAUG